AUGGCAGAGGAAUUUGAUGGAAACAGGAGUCCUAAGGUUCAUCCAGAAUUAUAUGUUGACAAAUCAAGAGGAGAUAAACUGAAGAUCAAUAUAGACGUUGUCUUUCCACAUAUGCCUUGUGCUUAUUUAAGCAUCGAUGCAAUGGACGUAGCAGGAGAACAGCAAUUGGAUGUAGAGCACAAUCUGUUUAAACAGCGUUUGGAUAAAGAUGGCAAUCGGGUGACUCCGGAGGCUGAAAGACAUGAGCUGGGAAAAGAAGAAGAAAAAGUGUUUGAUCCAAGUUCUUUAGACGCUGAUCGUUGUGAGAGCUGUUACGGGGCUGAGUCAGAGGACAUCCGCUGCUGUAAUACUUGUGAUGAUGUCAGAGAAGCCUACAGGCGGCGAGGUUGGGCCUUCAAGAACCCAGACACCAUAGAGCAGUGCAAGAGGGAAGGGUUUAGCCAGAAAAUGCAAGAGCAGAAGAACGAGGGCUGUCAAGUGUAUGGUUUCCUAGAAGUCAACAAGGUAGCUGGAAAUUUUCACUUUGCACCAGGGAAAAGUUUUCAGCAGUCUCAUGUACAUGUGCACGCUGUUGAGAUUCAUGAUCUCCAGAGCUUUGGACUUGAUAAUAUCAAUAUGACACAUUACAUCAAGCAUCUCUCAUUUGGAAGAGAUUAUCCAGGCAUUGUGAACCCUCUGGAUGGGACAGAUGUCACUGCACAGCAAGCUUCCAUGAUGUUCCAGUAUUUUGUCAAAGUGGUCCCCACAGUGUAUAUGAAAGUAGAUGGUGAAGUGGUAAGGACAAACCAGUUUUCAGUUACACGGCAUGAGAAAAUAGCCAAUGGGCUAAUAGGAGACCAAGGUCUGCCUGGUGUGUUUGUGCUGUAUGAGCUUUCUCCCAUGAUGGUGAAGCUGACAGAGAAACACAGGCCCUUUACACAUUUUCUUACGGGAGUCUGUGCUAUUGUUGGAGGCAUAUUUACAGUUGCAGGAUUCAUUGACUCCUUGAUUUAUCACUCAGCACGUGCCAUCCAGAAGAAAAUUGAACUUGGGAAAACAACAUAAAUAAGCAAUGACCUCACUUCAC